AUGUCCGCUUCCCUCCCCUCGGUGUGUCUCCCUCGUGAUGACGAUACUCGUUCGACAGCUUCCGAAGACUCUGAACUCAGCAAUGAGGAAGGAUGGGAAGAUGUGGAACAGGAUGACGAUACACAGCCCGUGAUUGGCCUCUUCUCCGAAAAAGUUUACCCUGAUGUGAACUCCAUGCUGCAGGAGAGCAAAGAAAAACACGAUUUUGAUCUGCGGAGGACACAAAAGAAGCUCGGCUUGGACUUUCUGGGAACCAUAAAAUUGGUCAACUAUAUUCGGUCCCAGGUCAAGGUUGGGAACCUGAACCCUGAUGUGUCUUCUAAGAGCAAUUUUGAUGAUGAGAUCUACCUGAAACCUGUUCUUGAGGAUGACGCCCUCCUGUAUAGUUUGGACGACAUUGAUGAUGAAACGUCGGAGGCUGCCGGUGGUACCGAGGCAGAGCAACGUGUCAUUGAACUGCAAGAAGAACUGAAGCGUCUCCAGACACAAUUCUCCGAAUAUAGAAUUGCAGUGAAGCAAUCCAUGGAAGAACAAUUGUCAAAGGAAGAUGAAAAGCUAUCUACUGUGACCCGACGUGUCGUCAAUAAGACGGAAGAGGCGGAUGCCGACUAUUUCGUUUCCUAUUCCUACAACGGGAUCCACGAGUCCAUGUUGAAAGAUACCAUCCGGACGGAGUCUUACCGGGAUUUCAUCUACGAAAACAAGCACCUUUUUAAGGAUAAGGUUGUCUUGGAUGUUGGAUGUGGAACUGGAAUUCUGUCUAUGUUUUGCGCCAAAGCAGGUGCGCGAAAGGUCAUAUCUGUCGACAACUCGAAUAUCAUCGACAGGGCAAAGGAGAUUAUCUACGAAAAUGGAUUUGGUGAUAUAAUCACAUGUAUCCGUGGCAAGAUUGAGGAAGUCACCUUGCCCGUCCAACAAGUCGAUAUCAUCGUAUCGGAGUGGAUGGGCUACUGCCUUCUCUUCGAAGCCAUGUUUGAUUCCGUCAUUUACGCUAGGGACCGUUAUCUCGUACCUGACGGACUCAUGGUCCCGUCGCAUGCUACUCUUCGCAUUGCUCCUUUUGCAGAUCCGGACUUUAUGGCAUCGCAUAUUUCAUUCUGGCACUCUGUUUAUGGAUUCAACAUGGCCAGCAUGCUUACCGGUAUUUAUGAUGAGGUGCUUGUCCGCAGUAUUCAGCCAUCCACAAUCCCGGCAGAGUCUUCGGUUUUCCUCCCCCUUCCGUUGCACACGAUCACUGUGGACGAACUGUCGUUCUUGAAAGAAUUCCAGGUCACCUUGAAGGAGGACAUUGACGCGCUGGACGGCUGGGCUAUCUGGUUCGACAUAUUCUUUAUGCCAUCCAGAGAGGUUCCCAUCCCGGAUGAUGCGGUUCCGUCGGAAAUGCAGAAGAAGGGAUUCGUUGCUUUCACCACAGGCCCCGAUGGGACAGAGACACAUUGGCAACAGGGCAUUCUCCUCAUUGAUCAUGGAAAGAAACCUGCGACUCCCUUAAAGAAAGGCCAAAUCAUUUCCGGAAAAGUUGGAUACCAGAAGAAGAAAGAGGACAAAUCACGGUCUCUGGACAUCUCUGUGGAGUGGAAUGCUCAGGAGGUUGGGAAAGGAACUCAGCAAUGGAGUUUGCAAUGA